CACUAGUUACCACAGCCACAAAGUCAAAAGUGUCUAGCGAUAUCGUAAAAGUUCAUAAAAACAAAAAAUAGCUUUUUUGUCUUCAUUUAAGGUUAGGGUUAGGCAUAAGGUCAGCAGUGUGUUCAAGAUUAGGUUAAAAAUCCGAUUUGAAGAAGAUAAAUUGUAGAAAUAGGCGGGGUUUAGCCGAUGACAUUGUGGAUGUGGUAACUAACUAGUGACAACCGAGAAAAAGGCGAAAGCUAGCUGAAGAAUAAUAGUUCACUUGUUCGGUUUUACAAGUCAAUAAUGGCUGAAGACGAAGAUGAUUAUAUGUCUGAUGCCUUUCUCAGUCAAAUACCAGAUGUGAAGCCCGGUAUCCCCAUGGUGAAGCGUGUGAAGGAGGCCCUGAGGAAAGAGGUGCUUCACAAGGAGAAGAACGUUAAGAACCGGCAGAAAACUAUUAAAGAGCUGGAGCAGGAGAGUAGAGAGGCAGCACAGCACAGCACCAUCAGCAACCAGAACAAGGGCUUUGCUCUGCUGCAGAAGAUGGGCUACAAAGCUGGACAAGGCCUGGGGAAGCAGGGGGCGGGAAGAGUCGAACCUAUUCCACUAAGUAUCAAAACGGACAGAGGGGGCAUCGGGAUGGAGGGAGUGAAGAAGAGGAAAGCAGAGGAGGAACUGGAACAUUACCGUCAGAAAGCCCGGGCCAAACAACACAAUGAGAAACAGUCCCUGGAGGACUUCAGAGUGAGGAUGAGGACAGAGCGGGAGGAGCAAAAGAUUGAGGGGGACCUCAGGAGGAGUCAGAAAGCCUGUGAGCAGCUGGACAGCCAGAAGGGUGUCACGGUGCCCAGAGAAGACUGGUACUGGCCUAAACUGGUGGUUGAGGAGGAGGAGGAGGAGGGGGAAGAGGAGGAGGAGGAGGAGGAAGACAAAGUGGAGGAGGAAGACAAAGUGGAGGAGGAAGAGUUAACUUCACUGGACAAGCUACAAAUUCUGACAUCAUAUUUAAGAGGGGUCCAUUUUUACUGCAUAUGGUGUGGGACUGCUUACAAUGAUGAGGAGGAUCUGUGUUCCGAUUGUCCUGGAGACACAGCUGCAGACCACGACGACUGAACACUGCAGAAUAAUCUACAGAAGAGACUGGAGGCAUCAGCAACUUGGAUUGGGGAUUAUAAAUGGGAUCAGAGGACGUAUGUAUGAAGCGUCUCAGUAGGAGGACUGAUCUGGGAUCAGUUUUUCUCUUUAGAUCACAAUGAAUAAGGUUACAUGGACAGGGGGGGAACUGAUUCUAGAUCAACACUCCUAUUCUGAGCUGCUUGAUACAUAUAACAUCUGCCCCUGUAUGAUAUAUAGGCGAGUUUUGACCUAUAAAGUGUGAAUUUGUAUUAUUUAUAAUGCAGACAGGGCAUUUUAUGUAUUUUCUUCCUGAACAUGUUUUUUUAAAUUAAUAAAUUAAAACACCUUUUAUAUGA